CAACAGUAACUGGUUGCAUCACUCGUGGCUCACACUGCUGCAGUUGCUGCUCUGCUGCUGUUGCUGCUCCUGCUGUUGCAUUCUAGUUGCUUCCAAAGCAAAGAUAAUUUUUGGUCUCUUACAUAAUUACGGACACAAUGGUGGUUGGUGGGGGUGACGCACCCAACAAGUUGCCUGCUCUUUUGAGCAACCCACAAAAUAUUCGUAAUUUAUGCAUAAUGGCACAUGUUGAUCAUGGGAAGACUUCACUCGCAGAUGCACUAGUGGCUUCCAAUGGCCUAAUCAAUCAGCGCCAGGCUGGACGUAUUAGAUACAUGGAUAGUCGCAAGGAGGAAAUGGAGCGAGGGAUCACCAUGAAGAGCUCUUGUGUUUCAUUGGCAUACAAGAGACCAGAAGGGGAAUACAUUAUCAAUCUAAUUGAUUCGCCUGGACAUGUGGAUUUUUCAUCUGAAGUUUCAACGGCUGUCCGCCUUUGUGAUGGAACAAUUAUUGUUGUGGAUGUUAUAGAAGGAGUUUGUGCUCAAACCAAGGUGUACUAAAAAAAGCUUGGGGCCAGAACAUUGGGCCCCGUUCUUGUUCCAACAAAAUUAAACCGAUUAAUAUUAGAAUAAAGGUUUAGCCCCAUUGACUGCUACUAUAUAUUGGGUUUUUCCUGUCACCAGGUUAAUGCAUACAUGGGUGAACUGUAUAACACUGCUGUCUUGGCCAAAGAAUCUGAAGUAGAAGAAAUACGUAAGCAGGCUGAAAGAGAGAGAAAGUUAUCAGAGAUUGAAAGAAAAGUCUCAGAGUGUGAAAUGCCUGAAGCUCAGCGUAUAUUUGCUGACUGGGGCAUAAACACAGUUGAUGAUUCUGAUCUAUAUUUUUUGCCAGAGCUAGGCAAUGUAGUCUUUGCAAGUGCUUAUGAUGGAUGGGGUUUUAGUAUUCACCAUUUUGCUAAUCUAUUUUCUGCAAAAUUGGGGAUGAAUAAAGCUGUCCUCAACAAAACUUUGUGGGGAGACUACUAUAUAACUACAAAAGGUGGUGAGAAAAAAAUUGUAUCUGGUGCACGUGAUAAACGAAAGAAUCCUCUUUUUGUUACAAUCUUGGAAAAUCUUUACAAAGUUUAUGAUACUAUUAUGGUGAAAAAAGACAAAUAUGAAACUGAGAAAUUGGCAGAGACUUUAGGAGUGAAGAUUCCGAUGAGUAUACGCAAGUCAACAGAUAUGCGAUUAAAACUUAAUUGCCUGUGUAGUGGUUGGCUUCCCUUAGCUUCAGCAGUCUUGGAGAUGGUUGUUGAACAUUUACCAAGUGCAGCAGACAUGUCAGAAGAACGUGCAACAAAGCUUAUGUGUUCAGCAACUCAGAGGUUUGAUUCCCUGCCACCAGAAACACAAAAACUUAAAAAAGCUUUUAUGAAAUGUAGUAGUGACAAAAAUGAGCCACUUAUUGUUUAUAUCUCAAAGAUGUUUGGUGUGCAGAGAGAACUCCUUCCAGUGGACAAAAAUACUGGAAUAAAGGUAACUCAUGAAAAUGUCAGUCAGGGCUUGUUGUCAGAAAAAGAAAUAGCAACACGCAGGGACGUAUUACGUCGCAGGAAGGAAGCCACACUUGUAGCUGUUAACACCGAAUCUGGUCAAGAAAGAAUCUUAACAACAGAAGAAAAUGAAGAGUUGACAAGUCAGCAGGAACAAAUAAUGAAGGAUAAAGAAGAAAAAGUAGAGGAAGAGAGAAAGGGGAUGAAUGAGGAGGUGUUUGUUGCCUUUGCACGUGUCUUCAGUGGAACUCUCAGAACUGGGCAAAAGGUGUAUGUGUUAGGCCCAAAGCAUGAUCCAAAUACAGUGUUGGCUCUUACAGCACUCAAUGAGCAGCAAAUAGAAGAAAAAUUGAAGGAUUACAAACACAUUCAUAUAUGCAAAAUAUCUGGAAUUUACCUGUUGUUGGGCCGAGAGUACGAGCUUUUGGAAUGUGCUGCUGCUGGUACAGUAGUGGGCAUAACUGGGCUGGAAGACACUGUCAUCAAGAGUGCCACACUUUCAUCCUCACUAGCCAUGUCGCCCUUCACAGAGCUCACAAUGAGUGUUAACCCCAUUUUAAGAGUUGCAGUUGAACCACAUGACCCUAGAGAUUUGCCUAAGCUACGUGCUGGUCUUAAGCUGCUGAACCAAGCUGAUCCAUGUGUUCAGAUUGCACUACAAAAUAAUGGUGAAUAUGUUAUCCUUACUGCUGGUGAAGUGCACCUACAACGCUGUAUAGAUGAUCUUCAAGAACGAUAUGCACGUGUUCCUGUGCGCACUUCCGACCCAAUUGUGCCCUUUAGAGAAACUAUUAUUCUUCCACCUACAGUUGACAGACUUAACGAAGCUAUUGAAGGAGAAAAUAUAAAUUUGAGAAAGAUGGACAAAUCUGACCCUUUGGGUGUGGUCGAAGUGAAUGGCCGCUUAGGAAAACUGCGAUGCAGAGCUGUACCUUUACCUGAAGCUGUUACUAAACUCCUGGAACAGAAUGAAGAACUGUUAAAGUUGGUUACCCUGGCUGGUGCUAUUGUGACUGAUAAAACAAAUACACACAAUGCAGGGAGUGACAUGACUGAUAACAUCUUGUCAAAACAGGAGGCUGGGACAAAAUCUGAAAUGAGUGCUCUUGCUAAAGCUAUGGAAAAUCGACAGAAAUUAAAAACUGAAACUUUCAAAGCAAUAACGGAUUUUAAGAUGUCUCUAGAUAAAGCAUUUAAAGAUGCUGGAGUGGAAUGGAAAAAUGCAGUUAAUGAAAUAUGGAGUUUCGGGCCUCACAGAUGUGGCCCCAAUAUCUUGUUAAAUCGAAUCAAGACAUAUCCUCGACCUUCAGUUUGGGAAAAGGCCUCACUAAUUGACUCUCCUUUAGCUGCCUAUGACACAAGUUUUGUGACUGGAUUUCAGAUGGCUUCUGUUGCUGGACCAUUGUGUGAGGAACCAAUGAUGGGUGUUUGUUUCAUAAUAGAGGACUGGAGUUUGGCACCAGCAAAUGUAUCUGAAAGUGGGGACUCUCAGUUACAGUCAUUUGGUAUAUCAUCUGGACAAAUAAUAUCCCUUUCCAAAGACACCUUAAGAAAAGCAUUUGAGAAUCAAUGUCAAAGGCUGGUUUGUGCCAUGUACUCAUGUGUGAUCAGUGUAACAUCAGAGGUCGUGGGCAGGAUGUACAGUGUGAUAGGCAAAAGGCAAGGGAGAAUUGUUGAUGGUGACAUCACAGAAGGUUCAACAUCUUGGAAUAUCACUGCCUACCUCCCAGUCAUUGAAAGCAUGAACUUUGCCAAUGAGCUGCGCAAGUCUACUUCAGGGGAAGCAAUGCCUCAACUUGUGUUUUCUCACUGGGAGAUGUUGGAUAUUGACCCCUUUUGGGAACCUCAAACCACCGAAGAGCUGAUGCAUUGGGGUGAGAAAUCUGAUAGUGGUAAUAGUGCCAGGAAGUACAUCAAUGCUGUUAGAAAAAGAAAAGGGCUUGCAAUUGAUGAAAAAAUAGUAGAGUUUGCAGAAAAACAAAGAACACUAUCAAAAAAUAAGUAGUUAAUAAAGGCUGUCAACAAUCCACUUUGUGCAUUAUUGCAUUUCACAUAGAGUACUAUAUUAUUUAUAUUUUUGUUUCUUUUUAUUAGUUAAAACUGACAAACAGAAUGGGAACCCUUCAUUGAACAAAUUUGGUGUCCAGAAAGACUUCUCAAUAAAAGUUUUCCAUUCUGCAUAUGGCAGUGUGCUGCUGCUUCCAUAGUUAUUCUGUAUCCCUAAAGGGGUACCUAUCAGUUGUUACCAGAAUUUUUCAUUAGAUUUUUUAUUUUGCAGUAUGAGAAUGCCUCUGACUGGCUUCAAGUUUUCAGUUCUGGUGAAAGGCUUAAGCAGUCAAUAGCUUGUGUAGGUACCCAAUGACCAGUAAAAAGCUGUUUCUACAUGACUUCAAACAUUCAACAUUGGUGUAUCUUAACCCUUUUACUGUCAUGACCUCCAAAAUUAAUAUUGCUCCGUAUCUACAUUUAAAAAAAUCUGUAGUGAUAUAUAAUUUUUUUUUUUUAAGGUAAUGACACAAAGCUUGAAA